AUGGAGUAUCCCUUAUUUAGCCUUUCCGAUAUAGAAUCCAAUCCCUCCAAGGUUAAUGAGUUACACAAAGGAGUCAAGGACUUUUUAAUCCACAUGUAUGAUGUGUAUAAAGUAGCUGACCCAUUGGCUGCCCAAGGUUAUAAUAAUAGCAAUUUGGAGAGAAUUGGGGAUACGAUUAUGGUAAAUGAUGAAGAUGAUGUUGAAGCAGAAAGAUUGUCUAAAUUUAUGAAGUUGAGACAAGUGAUGGAUGUUGUUGAGAUAAGAAAUGAAGUGGAUAAAUAUUUGUUAGAGCCACCUGAAAAUCUUAGAAAUCCCAACUUUGACUUGUUGGCUUGA